AUGGCCAAAGCUUCCAAAGCCACAAAGAAGUUUCAGAAUAAGCACUUGAAGCAUACUCUUGAUCACCGUAAGGAGGUUCAGAAGCACAAGAAGAAACUUGCUCUUCGGAAAAAGUCUAAGGGCCCAUCUGAAGAGAAUGCUCAGCCAAAGGAAAAGAAGGCUACCAAGGCAGUCUUUGAUGACAUGUCUGUAGAGGACUUCUUUGAGGGUGGAUUCGAGGUUCCUAAGCCAAAGAAGGGCACCGUUGCUGCUGAAGAAUCUGAGGAUGAAGAAGAGGAAGGUAACUCUGACGAAUCUGCAAGCGAAGAUGAAGAGCAGGAAGAGAACGAUAUCGAUGAAGACGCGGAGUCUUCCGAAGAGGAAGAUGUUGAGCAGAUGCAGAAGGAUUUGGAGGCAUUGGAAGGUAAAGAUCCUGAAUUCUAUAAUUACUUGAAGAAUAACGACAAGGACCUCUUAGACUUCGAGGCCGUCAAUCCUUUGGAUGCCAUUAGUGAUGAUGAAGAUGACGCUGAGGAUGAGGAGGAUGAAGGAGAUGAAUCAAUCCUUGAUGCAUCCACUAAAAAGACCAAGCUGAAACAAGAGAUCACUAAGUCACUUGUGGCCAAUUGGAACAAACAGUUGAAAAAGCCAUCUAUUAAGUUGCUUCAGAACAUCGUGUCGGCUUUCAAAACGGCAAUCUACAUCACUCGUGCCGACGAAAAUGACACUAAGUAUACUAUCUCAGACCCUUCUGUCUUCUCCGACUUAAUGUUUGUUGGGUUGCAGCGUAUUCCUGAGGCCAUUCAAAUCUUGAGUCCUUAUAAGGUCAACCUGAAAGGUAUAAGAUCUGUUGAUGACAAGAAUGUCAACGCUGGUAAAGUGACACGUAUCUUGAAGAGUCAGGCCGGUGCAUAUAUCACUCUAUUGCAAGAUAUCACCAACACUGAGACAGCUGCCUUGGUUUUGGCAUCUCUUCAGGAAGUUCUUCCAUUUUACAUUUCUCAAAGAAAGAUCCUUAAAGAGAUCUUCUCCUCCGUGGUUGAUGUGUGGGCCAUGACCUCUCAGGUCGAAACUCAGAUUGCAACCUACGCAUUCAUGAAUAAUGCUGCUAGAGAAUAUCCAAAGUCCACAUUGGAAAUCAUCUUGAAACAGACUUACUCGACAUUCUUGAAGAACUGCCGUAAAACAAAUCCACAUACCUUGGAUUUGAUCAACUUCUCCAAGAACUCUGCAGCUGAGUUGUUUGGCAUAGACGAACAGUUGUCCUACCAAGUUGGAUUCGAGUAUGUACGUCAAUUGGCUAUCCACUUGCGUAAUACCAUUACCAACACGAGUAACUCUUCCGAGAGUCUGGGUAAGGAUGCAUACAGAUCCAUCUACAACUGGCAAUUCUGCCAUUCCUUGGACUUCUGGUCCAGAGUUUUAGCUGAUCAUUGCAACCCAGAGAAGGAGUUAGUUAAUCAUAAAAACCAGGAGUCUCCAUUGAGAUCAUUGAUCUAUCCUUUGGUCCAGGUUACUUUGGGUACCAUGAGACUCAUCCCAACACCUCAAUUUUUCCCAUUGCGUUUCUAUUUGAUCAGAUCUUUGAUCAGGUUAUCUCAAGGAACUGGUGUUUACAUUCCAAUCUACCCACUUAUUUCCGAAAUCUUGACUUCCACUGCUUUCACCAAGCCAGGAAAGAAUGUCAAGUUGGAAGGUGUUGACUUCGAUUAUAUCAUCAAGAUGAACCAGCAAUAUUUGGGAACUAAGGCUUACCAGGACGGUUUAUGUGAGCAAUUCCUUGAGUUGACAAGCGAAUUUUUUGUCUUAUACAGCAAGAGCGUUGCAUUCCCUGAGCUUGCAACCCCUGCUGUGUUGUCCCUUAGACGUUUCAUGAAGAAGUCAAAGAACAUUAGAUUCAACAAACAGUUGCAACAGUUGGUCGAAAAGUUGAACGCUACCGCUGCUUACAUCACCACUAAGAGAUCGAAUAUCGAAUACGGUCCUUCAAAUAAGGCUGAAGUGAAGAAUUUCCUCAAGGACGUGUCCUGGGAGUCGACCCCAUUGGGUCAAUAUGUGGUUGUGCAAAGAAAGGCUAAGGAAGAGAGAGUGAAACUCUUGAAGGAAGCAAUUGCAGAGGAAGAGAGGGCCAAAAACAGCAGCAAGGAUGCCGAUGUUGAUGAUUUUAUUGGCGAUGAACAGGAUGAUGAGGAUGACGACAUGGAGGAUGACGAGUAA